AUGUCAUUGGAAGUAAUCUACAUCACCCGCCAUGGAUUGAUGCUGGCCCUGCUGGCUUUGAGCAAGAGACUUCAUUCUGACAACGGCCUUGGCGUUCUUCAGUUCCGGUCCAACUGGCUUGUCGACCCUGCCACGGGAAGCUACACGGCCUCCAUCCCGUCACCGACAGGUAUACCUGCGGAUCCGGAAUUGACUGCCCAUGGCGUCGACCAGGCCAAGGAGCUGGGCGCCCACCUCCUGACCGUUGAGCCUCCAAUCGACGCAGUUUAUUCCAGCCCCUACUAUCGCUGUCUGCAAACUAUCACGCCCUUUGUUACUCUCAACCAGGAAAACCUCAACCGCCUUCGGGAAAAAGACGUUGGCGCUAAAGCCGAUGCUGUCACCAUUCGUCCCGAACACGGCCUCUGCGAAUGGUAUGGCGCCGCUCCAUUCGAGCACCCGACUCCAGCCUCGAAAGACGUCUUGAAGCCAAUGUUCCCUCACAUCGAUGACACGUAUCAAAGCCGCGUCUAUCCCGCCCGCAACGGUGAGACUAUCGCUCAAUUGCACGACCGUGUCGCUGCUGGUGUUCAAGCCAUCAUUGAGCAAUGCGACGCCCAGGGCCACCGUGCAGUUAUUCUGUGCUCCCACGCUGCCUCGAUUAUUGCUCUUGGCCGAGUCCUUACUGGCGAAAUGCCCGAGAGUAUUGAUGCGGAAGAUUUCCGAGCCUUUACCUGCCCAAUCGCAGAUACCAAGUCGUGGAGGAAUGGUCGGGGAGUCGCAGGCGGGUGGAUAUGUGAGCUCAACAGCGAUUGCAGCUUUCUGAGCGGAGGAGAAGAGAGGGGAUGGCGAUUCUCUGGCGACGAGUCCUUUUCCACGGCCGAAAACUCUUCGCAGGCCGACGCUGGAGUGGCGCUCGGCGUGGUGGUGGAAGGAAAAGUGAAACCUGACAAGGUCUCUCCCCACAGAGCUGCAGGAUUCUACAAAGGACAGUUCCUCGACGGGUCGCUCAGAAGGGUCGAAGGCUGCAACAAAGUUCUAGGUCCUCCAGCCUGA